AAAAUUAUUAUCUGUUCAACGGCAAUGGAAACUUGCUUCAGAAAACUAUUUAGAAUCGAGAUUUGAGACGCAUCUUAUAGACUUCUUACUAUUUGAAAUAUAAUUUUCUAUCAUUGUGAAUAUUUUUUCAUCUCUUAAAAAUAGCGAAAAAAAUGCGAAUUCCACUAUUAUUAAUUGUUGUGUGUCUGUGUUUGGUUGAAUCAAUCAAGUUAACAUCAGAUGAAAAAGGAGAAGAUAAUUCAUUUCCUUUUGAAAAAUGUUGUGAUUUUGCAUUUCGACUUUAUAAAACAAUUGCGAGAAAAUUCAUAGGAAACAUUGCACUUACACCAUACAGUGCUUUUGAUUCUUUAUCAUUAUUGUAUUAUGGGGCUGGUGGAAAUACUGCAAAACAAAUUCGCCAAGUUUUGAAUAUUAAUUCUAAUGAUUUAUCUAAUUAUCAAUCUCUUACUAAUUCUUUUACAAAUUCGAAGGAUCCAUCCUUAAAUUUUAUUCAAGUACUUUAUGUUCCUGAUAAAAUGGACGUAGCUCCUGCUUUUAAAGAAUUAUCAAACACAACAUUUAUAACGCAACAAGAAUCAUUAAAUUUGGAUAAACCAGAGGAAGCGAUUUCGAUUAUUAAUAAAUAUUUUGCUGAACGUAACGUUAAACGAGAUCUACCGUUUGAAUCUGAUACAUUUUUACCUCAACAAUCGGAUAUGUUUAUACGAAACUCGAUACAUUUUAUUGCCCAAUUUUUGUAUCCUUUCAACGAACGAUACACGGAACAGAGAUAUUUUUAUCGAAGUCGAAAUAGUGAAAAAUUAGUGCCAACAAUGUUUACUCGCGGAAGAUUUCGCGGUAUUGUCAUUCCACCAACUAAUCGUUAUUUGGAUAGUUUCAGAAUCAUUGAAAUUCCCUAUAAAAACAGAGAAUAUAGUAUGUUAAUUUAUUAUCCAUUGAAUUCGCAUAAAUUAGUUGAAUUAGAGCAGCGUUUGGACACUCUUGAUCUUCGAGCCAUUUUUAAUAGUAGAGAAGAAGAUAUUGAACUUUAUUUGCCUAAAUUUACAAUUCAAAAUGAGCAUCGUCUAAAGUUAACAUUGACUGAGAUGGGAAUAACAGAUGCAUUUAAUGAGCAAGCUGAUUUUACCGCAAUUUCCAAAAAACCAGUACGACUUGAUGAAAUUUAUAUGAGAACAUAUUUUUCAUUGAAUGAAAAUGGAAUUAAUAUUGAAGUUUCAAACAACGUGGGAGGACAUCCUCAAUAUGUAACAGCUCUUCCAUACUCAAAACCACUCACGAUUGAGGUGAACAGACCAUUUAUGUUCACAGUUGUAAAAAAAAGAAGAGAUGACUUUUUGUGCCUUUUUAAUGGAAGAGUCUAUAAUCCCUAAAUUAUAUAAUAUUCUCCUCAGUAUAUUUGUAUAAUUAUUAAAAUUUUUAAAUAAAAAUUAAUAAUAAAAAAAAAUAA